GCAAACACUUCCAACAUGUCGUCAUCCUCUUCGUGCAAGCACUUGGAGCUGUACACAUAGAUCAGCAGAAGUCAGAUACCUCAGAUCUGUCUCCUCUUGCAGCGGAAAGAUAUGAAGUAGCACGUGUUGAAAGACAACUCCAACUUGUCCGAGCAACAAAGUUGCUUCAUCUUACCCCAGCAUUGCAUGGAUCGACUGAUGGAAGGAUGAACAGGGUAUCCCGAUUUAACCGCUUUGCAAAUGGUGAUCUGAGUGAACCUAUCGCCUGGCUCAUGAUGUACGAGAAGAAUCGUCGACUUCAGUAUUAUGCGGAUACUGAAGACAAUCGCCAAAGAAGAGCCACAAGACUUGCGCACGAAAGCGGAGGCGUCACUAAAGCUGCCAAUGCCUUAAUCUCCCCAGCACCUUCACCGCGCAACAACGACACGCUGGAGCAUCUUCGCAACCUACACCCUAACGAAGAUCCUGACGAUAUUGCUACUGCGUGGGAUUCCAGCAUCAAAGCUGCGGGAGAUCGUAUAAAAACGCACAAGAUCGACUCCGUCGCCGAAGCUGAUGAACCAUUCGAAAUCAAGUUCAUCAAGCAGACGGUAAAGAAAGCCAACCCUCAGAGUGCUCCGGGGCCUGAUGGUCUUCGUUUUUCGUAUCUCCAAGCUGGUGGGAUGAGUGAUUUUUUUACUGAAACCUUGGCGGACUUCAGCUUUAAAGUCUUCUACUACGGAGACGAGCUUCCGGAUUUCUUUUGGAACCUCCACACCAGUGCCAACCUUUCAGCGCUGGGAGAGAAAAAACGGCCGAUUGCAGUUGGGGGGGUUUUGCGUCGCAUCAUCAGCGGCAGCUUCUGCCACCAGUACAAGGGAGGAAUUGCGAACAUCUUCGAAGCAGCAAAUCAGUUCGGAGGUGGUGUUCCAGGAGGAGUUGAGAUAGUGGCUUCCACAGCAGCCCUCAGCCACCAGCAAGGCAGCACCAUUCUCUCCUUUGAUGGGAAAAACGCUUACAACAGCAUGCGCAGAUCUUCCAUCUUGCCAGCAGUGGCCACUCAUACGCCACACUUGGCGAAGUACUUCGGGAACAUCUACGCUCGAACCAAGGCGAAACUUCUGUUCAAAAUGGAAGAUGGUUCGAUCGAGGUUGUUCUUUCACAGCGCGGAGUUCAACAAGGCUGCAAUUUGGGAGGGUUUGGCUUCUGUGUAGGACUUCUUGAUAUCAUGAAAGAGUUCAACAACAAGCCACCAGUGCCAGGAGCCAAGCUCAUUGGAUACGUCGACGACCUCCAAGUGCAUCUUCCACCAGGUUUGGCUAGAAAUAUUCAGGCCAUCGCCACCGUAACCAACUGGAUCCAAGACCACCUGCUGCAAAAAGGCAUUGAGCUCAGCCUCCCGAAAUCGAAAGUCCUUUUCCCAGAAGGAUUAUUCUUCUCCUCUUUGACAAACGACGAACAGCGAGAUUUGACGAAAACGGGUCUCUCGGUUGCUGAAGGUGGUAUGGCCAUUGUUGGAGUCCCAGUAGGGACAGAGUGCUUCCAGAGGAGUUUCGUCACCAACUUCGCCCGCGGUAACCCUGCUGAGUUGAUACGCCGCCUUUCCACACUUGACGACCCGCAAGCGAGCUACCAACUGCUACGUUUGUCUGGCGUUCCACGCUUGUUUCAUCUGCUGAGAACGAUUGCACCGAGCAUUACCAACACUGCCGCAAGAGAACAUGACAACCUGAUGAUAUGGGCAGUAAGCAAGAUCGUUCUCGGCAAAAUGGCAAACACUGUGGGAAUUCCAACCGUGGAAGAGGUACGCGCAAACCCAGAGAAGAGUGAGGUCGACUUCUUCAAAGAUUCAGCUCGGGCACAGGUGCACCUGCCCAUACGUGAAGGGGGGCUUGGAAUUACGAGCAGUGUUCUCAUUCGAGAAUCGGCUUUUGUGGCAGGGCAAGCAUUAGUGUUCUCCAAGGGCUUUCGAUGGAUGAACGGAUGCUACCUGACCUCUAUCGAGAAUCGAUCGGUCGUGUACUGGGGAGUCACGACCGAACUGACUACGAUACAGGCAGACUUUGCAGCGCAGGUGCAUUGUCACCGUGUAUGGAACGGUUGAGCCGACCCCAUUCCCUGGUCUGCGCGAAGACCGGCGCCUCAACCUUCCUGCACAAUAGGAUGGUUCGCGUGCUGUUAAAGACAUUACGCGAAUGCCACAUGCCAAUCGCUGUUGAAGACUCUUCCCCAUAUACUACAGGCACUGGUAGGGGAAGAGGGCUCUACAAGAUGGAUUUAGUGAUCCCCCCAGGAUUACACGCAGGAGAUAAAGAAGAGGAACUCUGCACCAAAUCCAUCCUUAUAGAUGUCACAGUCGUCAAUCCAUCUGCUAGGCGAAGUAUCGACAAGUCACUCCAAACGCCAGGAUCCGCCCUCGAAGAUCGAGCUGCAAGUAAGGCAAAACACUAUGCGGGAACUUUCAACCCGUCUAGAUCUACCCUCCUUACUGCUGCUUUUUCGACGUAUGGUGGUCUUGGCAAAGGCACCAAUCGACUUAUCGUAGCUAUCGCCAACCACUUGGCAUACGAAGCCUUUUGCAAAGGGAAUUUCGCCGACGAAACAGCCUUGAUUCGCCUGAAGGCUUUUCAUACGAAUAGGAUUCGGAGACGAUUUACUUUCGAGCUGGCUCGUUUCCUGUCCGUACGAACUCGUGAUGUUUUUAAACGUCAUGGACUGCUCAUGGAUCAAUUUCCACCCCGGCCAAUAGGUUGGGAUUUCGAUAGUAGUACAAACGAAAACGAUCAUCAUGAUGGCGAUGAGGGAAAUUCGAGUGGCAACGAUGAAGGAGGAGGAACAGAGGGAACAAGAGGAGGACAAGACAGAGACCAAGACAGCAGUCGAGAAGGGAAUCAUGGCGUGGAAGAGAGCAAGAGCUUCGAGCCAGAGGACCUCCCGCACAACAAAAGACGGAGAGACAGACAAGAAGAAGAGCUGCCAAAAAGUUGCUGCCAAAAUGACGAUGAGAAUAGUGAUGGUAGUAGUGGUGAAAGCAAGAAGAAUGAUAGAGAGAGCACUCCUAAACGAAGUCGAGUGCAGGGUGACAGUCUUAGUAGACACGUGCAGUUUUCUUCUGUUAUUACUACGGUAUCUGUCUUUAAUCCUGAGAAUAGCGUAGCUCCCCCUACGACGCUCGGUCCCGGGGUCCCAGAUAGUGGACUAUAGAAACAUUUUGUGUUUCCCG